GGAUUGGUUGGUUCCUAUAGGGACUGGGAUCAUGUUCGUCCAGCUGCCCUCAUUCCUGUGGUGGAGAUACGCCAACCUGUUGCUGCAAGCACACCCACAAGCAUCGCUCAGCUAAUGACUGGUGCCUGUCCGAAGACUGCUGCCAUACCUAUGGGCCCAGCUAGUGGGGCCUUCACUCCCUACACGGCCUCGACCUCCCCAAGGGGCAGUACCCCAGACUUGGGUCAGGUGGCACCUGCCGACAAGCAGUCUUUUAUGUGCCCCGUGUGUGGGAAACAGUUUGGGCAGCCCUACAACCUCCGCCGCCACCUGACCACCCACACGGGAGAGAGACCUUACCGUUGUCCCCACUGUAACUAUGCCGCCUCUCAGAAUGUCCACCUGGAGAAGCACAUCCGACGCAUACACUUGAAUAACGGCCAGAAUGAACACCCAACUGGGCCAGCAGUCACUUGGCCCCUGCAAGCCACAGCUGUAACUCCUUAAAUAAAUUCUCAUAGCUGCACAUCAUGAUAAGCCUUGUGAUGACAAAAGUGAUAAAAUACAUAUAUCAAUAUUUCGUUAUUACUCAGAUGGUCAGUGUUUUUUCUAUCAUAUUUAGAGUUGUCUAUGAAUAUUCAGAACAGAAUACAAUUUAUAGUAAAACUUACUUUUAUAUCAUAUCUAUUUCAUAUACUACUUUUUAUAUACAAUGAUGCAGUAUACAGAGGCCUUUGAUUAUUUUCAGACAAUAUUUUGGUAUAAGGAUAGUGAAAGUUAUUUUACAAACAUUAUUCACCCAGCAAUUGGGUGGCCAUCAGAGAGACUAGUUCAAGUGGUGACAAAGCCAAGAACUAUGAAUUAUAUCCAAGAGUCUUCUUUAGGAUACCAGCUCUUACACAUGGAAACCGUAGCAAAACACAUGAAUACAUUUUCUAAGAGGGCAACAUCUAAUCUCAUAGGUAUCUUACAGUAUUUGUAGAGUUGUGAAAAUACAACCAAAAAAAGAAAAGAAAAGAGAAGAGAAUGACAGACAUAUACUACUGACAUAAACACACACACACACACACACACACACACACACACACACACGACACACUUCAGACACUAAGCCCGGACAUGCUUUUGCACAAGGUAAACAUAUUUAUCGUAAUUUAUUUUUCCGCAUUAGUGAUAAAGCACCGGGAGAUGACAGUGUUUGACAGAUUUAUUCAAGAGGUUGUAUGAUUUUCAUUGCAGUAUGAUCCCUGUAUUAAUGCAUGGUUGUUAUUUUGUGUCUCAUUGGCUUGUGGCGGAUAUAGAGUCCUCACACUGCGACAGAAGGAGACGCAAACUUACUUUCUCUUUUAUGGUUGAAUAAGAAAUUAGGUGUUUUAGUUUGCUGGAAGUGAUGAUGAUAUAACAUGCUUAUAUAUAUUACAAAAAAAAAAAAGAACAGUAAAAAGUAUACUCUACAUAAAGCCCAUUUGUCUUUUUAGCAUUUUGUAUGUGUAUACUUCUUUUUAUUUAUUAUUUUUUCCCUCUCUCUCUUGUGGCUUAAAAACUAGAUUAUUAGGCUUAGGGCUUCCAGAUGAUUUGAUUUAAUAAAACCAUAAAAAAAAUACAAAAAAAAAAGCAUUAGAAGCAUGUAUUUUAUAAAAAUAUUUCUUCACUUGAGCCACAGAUAGCCACUUCAAAAAUUCUCAGAAAGUGUUCUUAUCAAGUCGUAUUUAUUUUAUCAUUGCAUUAUAUAUCAACAUAUUGGGUUGGGUUAAAUGACAAACAUGAUUAAUUUAUUUUUGCAUGAUUAUGUUUUAAGGUAAUGAUUAUAUAUAUAUUUAGGUUAAGCGGUUGUAACACCAUUCUUGAAAGAGCUAUUGAGGUUAAUCAGUCAACAUUUCAUCAUGUCCAGUCAGCAGAUCUUGCUCUUUGCUCAAUGACCAAUUACAAGAGAAUCCCAAAGUACGUUCCAGUCCCUCGAAUAGCAUCCUUCAGAAUUUUUUUACCUAGUUUUUAAGGAGUUCAGUGUAAAUGUUAAGUACUCAAGGUUCACCGAUCAGCCAGUCUGCCUUACAUCUAACCAGAGGUUCUGUUUGGGAAUAACUCAAUUGACUUUGUAUGUUUACUCUCAAAGAUGCUUAUUUAUACAUUGGGGAUAAUGACAUUUUGUGUAAUGAUGAAAUUAACUGUGAUGGUUGGUCAAAAUGCAAGGAUGAACUUCUGAGUAUUUGAUGAUAUUAUAUACACAUAUAUUUAUAUACCAAGGCUUGUAGCCUAGAUCCUAAUGCUUGAUAUACCCUGUGCUCAACACUAUGCAAAAAUCGAAAAUCCAUUAUUAUGUUGUGUUUACAAGAUAAUUCUUUUAUUACUCUACUAAUGAAAACUGUUUGUGAAUCCGUAUUUUAUAUAUAAAAUCAGUGUCAGAUAUAUAUUUUUCUCUGAGAGAAUUACAAAAAGAAAACUCAAAAGUGUCCUUACUAAUUACAUUGGGUUGUAUUUGGAAAAAGAAAGCAUUAUCUCUACGUCAUAGAUAACAGUCACUUGUGUUUGCUGAAUCAGGAAAAGUUACCAAUUUCAGUGGUAUAAUUUAAGUGCUUGUUUUACUUGAAUAACUAUUGUGAUCAUGGCAGUUUUAGAUUUCAUGUUCAUCUCAUCACUGGAGAUGAUCUUUUUUUUUUCUUAUGAAUUAUGACCGCAUAUACUCAUUAAACUAAACAGAUUAUGACAGAUCUGGAGGGGGGGGGGGGGAAUUCAGAAUCCCAUUGGAAGGGAAAAAAAAUGUUAAGAUUUAUGUUGAAAUUUUUAUCCUUUGAAUAAUCAAUAUCUGCAGUUGCUGUGCAGUCACAAUUCAUAUACCUAACAAUGGCAGUAAAAGUGAAUGAUUCUUAACCAAACAGCUAUAUCUUGUUUGUCUGUGUGUAUGUAAGUGUGUAGGUAUACAUGUACCAGUGUAUAUUUAUGAAUACAAAACAUGAUUAGAUGUUUUGUAGAUAAAUGCUUACAGAGGUACAGGUAUGAAUAUACAUAUGACUCUUGAGUGUGUGUAUGCGUGUAUGUGCUUGAAUGUGGGGUUGUUUUGUCUUGAGGGUUGUUUUUGGCUUGUAUGAACAUAUUCAGCAAGUUUCAAAAGCAAAAGCUGCUAAAUUGUGAAAGGUGAAUUUGUGAGGGUUGAAUGAUGAGAUCGAAAUGGAUUAUAUACUCUUUAUGUUAUCAUUAUUUAUAUGAAUAUAUUUGCAAGUGGUUGAGACAAGUAUGUUUGUAAAUCAGAGGAAAAUAUCCCUUUAGCGUAUUUUAUAUAUAUUAAGAUAUAUCCCCGCCCUGCAGAGCACUAGCUAGCAGCAUUUGAAGCUGCGCCCACUUCAGUAUUUUACCCUAAUUCCGGUGAUAGUUAGAUGCGUUCAGUAUUUUUGUCUUUCCAGUAAGGAUUAUCAAUAUUUUUUGUUAUGGGUCAAGGGUGUAAGCAAAUAAAGCUUAUCCGAUUUUCUUAAGCUUUCCUACAUUAUAUAAACAGUUUCAAAGUAAGGUGAGGAAGAAUGCCAGUACAUUAGAUAGGCCUGAAAAAAGUACCUUUGUUUUUGCUGGAUUGUUUGGCUAGAGAAUUUAAAUUCAAGGGUAACUAUUUUAGACAAUUUAGGCAGCCAGGAACAUGUAUAACUUUAUGAUGUAUAAGAGGACUUUGCAGUUAAAGGGUGAUUUUAGGGUUUUUUUUUUUACAAAUGUCCCAUCAAAAUAUCCUCAUAAGCAGAAACAAAGUAAUAUUUUUUAUGUGCCUUAAUUAGAAAUCUUAAUAGGACGUAUCCACACAUCCCAGGUAGCGUAAGAGAGACUGUAGCAAUGCACAAGUUAACUGAAAUUUUUUAUCAAAACUGUGAUCUUAUGCCUUCCAAGUGUUAUUAUUUUUUUCCCUUCUGUUUUCUGAGCCGAGGCCUUGCAUUCUGUAAUAAAGAAAAGGAAAUUAAUAUUCCAGUAUAUACUUUUGGAAAGGGACACUAUUUUUGGUACUUUUGUAGAAUGCUUUUGUAGCUUUUCUAAUAAAUAUUAAGCAUAUA